UCGUAUUAUCCAAUUAGUACAUUUCGCCAGUCUCGAACAUAGUGUCAAACUGGAAAGGUCGUCACUUUUAAAGUUUCCGUAGUUUCUCCACCAUGCCAAUUACGUUGUACUACUCAAAGAUGAGCCCUCCGGCUCGAUCCGUUCUGCUGCUCAUCCAGGAGCUGGGUCUAACUGGAAUUCAGCUAAAGGAGGUGGACGUCCAGGGCGGUGAAACUCGAACCGAGGAGUUUCUCAAGAUGAACCCGGAGCAUACGAUCCCGACGUUGGACGACAAUGGAUUCUACCUGUGGGAAUCCCGUGCCAUCCUAACCUACCUGGUGGAUGCCUACCGUCCGGGACACGACCUCUAUCCGAACAUCCCCAGAGAAAAGGCCCAAAUCAAUCGAGUCUUGCACCAUGAGUUGUCGGCUUUCAAUCCAAAAACUCUGCGCCAAAUGAUUCCCAUCUACCGGCGAGAAACGUCGGUUGUCACCGAUGAGAUGAAGGCCAAGAUGCACGAGGGGCUCACCAAUUUGGAACUAUUCCUGGUCCGUAACGAUUGGUUCGCUGGGGAGAACGUCACCGUGGCAGAUCUUUGCGUGCUACCGACGAUUUCUUCGAUGGUGCACGCCGGGUUUGACCUGUCGCAGUAUCCACGGUUGGCCGCUUGGUACGACAACUGCAAGGUUCUCAAGGGGUACGAAGAGGACCAGGCGGUGGCCCAACAGGUUGGAGCGUAUUUUAAGUCACUCGUGACCGAGGGAAUGUAAAAGAGUCGAAGGACAGAUAAGAUAAUAUUGCACUCAGUGAGCGCGCGCUUUUUCGAUGUGAAUAAUAGUAUACAAUCGAACCGAUAUUAAACACUUGUCAGACCCACCCGAUGGAUUACUGCUGAUAAACAACAAA